AUGGACCCAUUCUUCUUGCUGCUCAAGAUUGAAGGGGGGACCCCUAUGCAAUCCAUUUGCCACUUGGAUGGACAAGCGAUUGUGUCUCAAAAUGUCCAUGUGUUCAGAUACAGUUUAGCUGACUUUAUUGAUUGCCAAUACCAACAAACUUCGUAUUUUUUAGGUACCUUCUAUAUUGAGUGUACAGAAACUGCUUCGGUGCUUCAGAAUGCCACUCAAGAUUCUCUUGUUAUCCUUGAUGAAUUGGGUCGAGGAACAAGCACUUUUGAUGGCUACGCCAUUGCAUAUGCUGUAUUCCGGCAUCUGAUUGAGAAGGUUAACUGUCGCAUGCUAUUUGCCACUCAUUACCAUCCGCUCACGAAAGAGUUUGCCUCUCAUCCACGCGUUACAAUGCAGCACAUGGCUUGUGCUUUCAAGUCAAAAUCUGAAACUUAUUCCAUGCGUGAUCAAGAAUUAGUUUUCCUAUAUAAGCUUGCCUCCGGAGCAUGUCCAGAGAGCUACGGAUUGCAGGUUGCCCUCAUGGCUGGAAUCCCAGAAAAAACGGUAAACAUUGCUUCUAAGGCUAGCCAACGGAUGAAAAAAUCAAUUGGACAAAGUUUUAGGACAAGCGAACAGAGAUCAGAGUUCUCAACCCUUCAUGAAGAAUGGUUGAAAACCUUGGUGUCUAUCUCACGAAUAGAAGAUUGUAACUCGCUGGAUGAAGAUGUUUUAGAUACAUUGAUCUGUGUGUGGUAUGAACUGAAAACUUCAUUUAUAUCAGGCAAGUGCAGAUGAUAUAUGGGGUUCGAUAGGUAGGGCAGUAGUCUGUCAUGUAAAAUUAUUCUCAUUUUGGAAAAUGGAAGGCUUCUUUAUUAUCGUUCA